AUGCUUUUUCUAAACAUAUUCGCGAUUGCGUUGAUCCUCUGCACGUCCAACGCGCGAGAGGAAGAUGUCCUGGAACUCGGCGACAGCGAUUUCGAUGCAAAAAUCAACGAACAUAGCGCCGCUCUUGUUAUGUUUUACGCACCCUGGUGCGGACACUGCAAGAAACUGAAGCCGGAAUACGCCAAAGCCGCCGAAGAUUUACUGAGAAACGACCCCCCCGUUGCUCUCAUCAAAGUCGACUGUACCGAAGCCGGUAAAGAAACUUGCAACAAGCACAGCGUAAGCGGCUACCCCACGUUGAAGAUAUUCAGAAACGGCGAAGUCUCCCAGGAUUACAAUGGACCCAGAGAAGCAGCAGGUAUCGUCAAGUACAUGAAGGCCCAAGUCGGCCCGAGCUCCGUCGAACUGAAAACCCCCGAAUGCCUGAAGAAGCUUCUGGCCGCCGAAAAGGAAUCCGUGCUGGUGGGAUUCUUCGAGAAGGAGACCGAUCUGAAAGGCGCUUUCCUCAAAGUAGCCGACAAGCUCAGGGAGAAGGUCAAGUUCGCCCAUACCACUCGCAAGGAGCUUUUGGACGCCCAGAAGGUCAAGGACGGUUUAGUGCUGUUCAGACCGCAACAUUUGCAGAACAAAUUCGAGGACAACAGCGUGAAAUAUACCGGAGGUGCUGAUGCAGAGGACAUCCAGAAAUUCAUCACCAAAAACUUCCACGGGUUAGUUGGACAUCGUAAACCUGACAACAGACAAGAAUUCGAAACUCCAUUGUUCGUGGCCUACUUCAACGUCGACUACGUCAAGAACCCGAAGGGCACCAAUUACUGGCGUAACAGAAUCUUGAAGGUCGCCAAGGAAUUCGUGGGAAAGGCCAACUUCGCGGUGAGCUCGACCGACGAGUUCCAGCACGAAUUGAACGAGUACGGUUUGGACUACGUGAAGGGCGACAAGCCCGUCGUCUCUGCCCGGGACGCCAAGAACCAGAAGUUCGUGCUGAAGGAGUUCUCCGUCGAGGCGCUGGAGGUGUUCGUCAACGACGUGCUGGACGGCGCCCUCGAGCCCUACCUCAAGUCCGAGCCCGUCCCGGAGGCCAACGACCAGCCGCUGAAGGUCGCAGUGGCGAAGAACUUCGACGAGGUCGUCGUCGACAACGGCAAGGACGUGCUGAUCGAAUUCUACGCGCCUUGGUGCGGACAUUGCAAGAAACUGGCGCCCGCCUUCGAAGAGCUCGCCGAGAAGCUCAAAGACGAAGACGUGGCUAUUGUUAAGAUGGAUGCUACAGCUAAUGAUGUCCCGUCUACUUACGAAGUACGCGGGUUCCCGACGCUCUUCUGGGUACCUAAGGACUCCAAGGACUCUCCUAUCAAAUACGAGGGUGGCCGAGAGGUGGACGAUUUCAUUAAAUACAUCGCUAAACACUCCACGAACGAACUGAAAGGUUAUGACAGAAGCGGGUCUCCCAAAGCAGACAAGACUGAAUUGUAA